AUGUUUGCCCCAACCAUCUGCACCUUGCCCAGUGCAACCACCCCAGUCGUCCUCCUCUUCCUGGUGGUGGGCUGUGCUGGGGAAACAGCCACAGAUGGCCCCUACCUCAGCGUGGGGGACGGCACCGCCAUGGAGUUCGACUUCCCCGUAAACAGCCACGGCAUCCUCGUGGUGUCCUGCCGCUAUCCGGGGCCGGAUGCGUGGCUGAACGUGGCCUCUCUGGAGCCGACGGUCUUAGCCGUCGAGAACGUCAGCACCUCCUGGGGAGGGGGCUUUGUGGUCACGAUCCAGUCCAGCCUGCCGGGCUUGGCCCCGCUGCAGCUCCAGCUGUUGGAUCAGAGCCGCCUGAUAGAGGAGCGGGCGGAUUUCCGGAUCCGCGUCUCCCCUAGCAGCAUGGAGUCCGCCCUGCGUUCCGGGUUGGGCCACUUCUCGGAGAACCCCAUCCUUUAUGCCCUCCUGCCUCUCAUUUUCCUCAACAAGUGCGCGUUCGGCUGCAAGGUGGAACUUGAUGUGUUGAGGGGCCUGGUGCAUCAGCCCCAUCCAGUGGUGCUGGGCAUUUUGGGCCAGUUCGUGGUCAUGCCCCUGUACGGUUACCUCAUGUCCGUGGCCUUCUCUUUGCCCACGCCCCUGGCCUUGGGGUUGGUCAUCGCCUGUUCCUCCCCCGGUGGUGGCGGCGGCUACCUCUACAGCCUGCUGUUGGGGGGCGAUGUGACCGUUGCCAUCUCCAUGACCCUCCUGUCGACGGUCGCCGCCACGGGGCUGAUGCCGCUCUCCUCGGCCUUCUACGGCCGCUUGCUCGGCGCCCGCGAGACCCUCCACGUGCCCUUCCUCAAGAUCCUCAUCACCCUCCUCUUCAUCGCUGUGCCCAUCUCGAGCGGCAUGCUGGUCAAGUGGAAGCUGCCCCGCCUCUCCCGCCUCCUGCUCCUCCUCAUCCGCCCCUUCAGCUUCGCCCUCAUCGUGGGGGGCCUCUUCAUGGCCUACCACAUGGGGGCCUUCAUCCUGGCCAACGUGCGGCCCCCCACUGUGCUGGCCGGCGUCACUGUGCCCGUCUUCGGCCUUCUGCUGGGCUACCUGCUGGCCUGGUGCCUCAGGCUGCCCGGGCCCCAGCGGCGGACGGUGAGCAUCGAGAUCGGGGUGCAGAACAGCCUGCUGGCCUUGGCCGUGCUGCAGCUCUCCUUCCAGCGGGCCCAGGCCGACUUUGCCUCGCAGGCUCCCUUCAUCGUGGCCCUGAGCAGUACGUCGGAGAUGCUGCUGCUGGUUUUGGGGCACCUGGUGUACAAGAAACUCUGCUCUGCCGGCUCCUGAGGGCUUCUUGGGAAGGGGAGGCGGAU